CAGUACCACCUGUCAGGAGGACUCCUGUGCCAACAUGGGCAUCUGUAUCCAGCAGUGGGAGAACUACACCUGUGACUGUUCUAUGACCUCCUACACAGGAACGCAGUGCAACGACCCUGGGACCACUUAUAUCUUCGGUAAAGGCGGAGGUCUGAUCACGUUCCGGUGGCCGGCCAACGACCGUCCCAGCACCAGAACAGACAGACUGACCGUGGGCUUCAGCACGGCCCUGAAAGAAGGCAUUCUGGUCCGAAUAGACAGCGCCCCAGGACUGGGAGACUUCCUCAUGUUACACAUAGUCCAGGGUAAAAUCGGGGUGACCUUUAACAUUGGUACAGUGGACAUCAGUGUUCAGGAGAGCAGUACCCCAGUGAAUGAUGGGAAGUACCAUGUGGUCCGCUUCACAAGGAACGGAGGCAACGCAACUCUGCAGGUGGACAACUGGGCCAUCAACGAACACUUCCCCACAGGGAACAGUGACAUGGAGCGUUAUCAGAUGGCCAAUAAGAAAAUUCCGUUCAUUUACGUCCGACCAGUCGAAGAAUGGCUCCAAGAGAAAGGACGGAAGUUAACGAUUUUCAACACUCAAGCAACAGUUGCUAUCGGCGGCAGUGACCGUGGGCGGCCCUUCCAGGGUCAGCUGUCCGGUCUCUACUACAACGGCCUCAAAGUGUUGAACAUGGCCGCCGAGGCCAACGCCAACAUCAAGAUCAACGGCAGCGUGAGGCUGGUGGGGGACGUUCCCAGCGUGGGGGGUUCAGCCAGGACCACCGCCAUGUCCCCAGACCUGUCCACCUCCUUCAUCGAGACCACAACCAUGAUGUCCACCACCACCACAAGGAAACACCGCUCCUCCUCCACUGUCCAGCAUGCCACCGAUGACAUCGUGUCGUCUGCAGAAUGUUCCAGUGAUGACGAGGACCUGGAGGAGUGUGAGACCAGUAAUGCAGCACUCCCCACAGAAGCGGGCGUCGGGCGAGUUCCGGGGCCCUCGGAAGUGGUCCGUGAAUCUAGCAGCACCACCGGGAUGGUCAUCGGAAUAGUGGCGGCCGCCGCCCUGUGCAUCCUCAUCCUCCUGUACGCCAUGUAUAAGUACAGGAACAGGGACGAAGGCUCCUACCAGGUGGACGAGAGCAGGAACUACAUCACCAACUCGGCCGUGCAGAGCAACGGCGCCGUUCUGAAGGACAAACAGCAGAGCGCCAAAGGCAGCAGCAGCAGCAAGAAGCACAAGAACAAGGACAAGGAGUACUAUGUGUGAGCGACCCAAACUUCCAGAGGACGCUUACCGAACUGUUUCCUUAAGAGGAGCUUUGACAAAUGAUGGUAUAACAUGGAACAUGAACUAAUACUGUGCUGAGUAGUUGAACUGAUGACAUGCACUGUAAUAUAAACUUACUGUUGUAAGCAUAAACCAGAAGGCCAACUAGCAUCUGUAGAGACUGUACUCCUCCUGACCAAUCUGGUCAAAGACGUUAUCACUAUAGAAAUAUGUCACACCUCUACGUCAUUCUCCUAAGUGACUUUUAGAGCAAAUGGUAUCCUUGGCAUUAAACAACAACAAAAAAAAAAAAACAAGAAACAAACACUUUUCUUUGUAAAAUUGCUAUUUACAAAAGGCUCAUAUUCUUGACGAUUUUCAGCAUGUAAGCAACAUAUAGUGCUUAUCGAGAGGGGGUCAAGGACACACAAUCAUUGUAAAAGUUAAAACAACAACAACAAAAACAAAAGGACUGUAUCAGAAUAUGACGACAUUUGUAA